AUGCCGCUGGUGUUGAACUACCGCUUCACUUUCAUUGAUGCCGCAGACAGCGAAGAGGCAGCUCAGGGUGUCCGGCACCGACGGGUUCUGACGCCGCCGCCGCGACGUCCUGGUGGCCUGAGCCACUUGGGUGAAGAUGCCCUUUCGGAAGAAGUCGAGGCCGCUCGCUGCCGUGACUAUCUGAGUGGCUUGAAGGAUGAACGCGGGCCCCUUGCUUGCAAUGGUGGCAAAGGUGCAUCGAAUCGGAUGCCGAGUGGAAGCAAGGAGCCCAGCGAUGCUGCUUCAGCUGCUCCAAAGUGCCCAUCGGAAGAGGUGAGCGUUGGCAGCUUGGGCCAUCCCAUCGCAUGCCGUCGCCCCUGUGUACACAUGGCACAGCGUCGUCAAUGCCAGAAUGGCAGCGCCUGUGGCUAUUGUCACUUCCCACAUCCACCGGAGGUCAAGUUGAACAAGGAGCAGCGUGCCAUGGUCCAUCAGUUGCCGUAUGGCGAAUUCUUGCGGAUCGUAGCCGAUGUGCUGAAGACGAGAGCAGGCAAUGUCGCCAAGCCGACCGUUUGGGAUGCCGUCUACCUGUUGGAGGAGGAAGUGCAGCUCGCAGGAGUGGUAGGAGCCCAGUCGGAUGUGAAGGCCGUGAAGAAAUUCAAGAAAGGUCUGCAGCACCUCAAUAUUUUGAGUUUGCUUGCGUUGGCCAAGCGCAGGUGCCGGGACAGUGUCUGUGAAGUGCUCACGCAGCUUGCUGUAGAGCUCCGCUUUCAGGCAUGA